UUGCCUGCGUGAUAACUUGCCAAGAAAACCUGUGAAACUGGUGGGAUUUAGGAUUAAGACGGGCGUUUACAGAGCAAAUGCCAACAGCAAUAACGCCGGCGGCACCAAGUUACCUCCGCUACCAGAAGCUACACCACCGCAUCUCCGCCUCACUCUUCGUUCUCGCCGCCGGAGCUAAGAGAGCCAUGUCUACUGGAAACAGCAGCAGCAGUGGCAACGCGGGUGCGUACACGACUGUCAAAGAGAGAGUGACAUUCGAGAGAGAAAUCAAGAAGAGCAAAUUCAUCGCCAUUGCUGGCCCCAUCUCCGACGAGCGAUCCGCUCUCUCCUUCCUCUCCCAGGUCCGAGAUCCCCGUGCUACUCACAAUUGCUGGGCUUAUAAGGUUGGAGACCAGUAUCGGUCUAAUGAUGAUGGUGAACCCUCGGGUACAGCUGGCAAGCCAAUACAUUCUGCUAUUGUUUCUUCAGGAAUAGAUAGAGUUAUGGUAGUAGUGAUCAGGUAUUUUGGAGGAAUUAAACUUGGAACUGGUGGACUGGUCAGGGCUUAUGGAGGAGUUGCAUCAGAAUGCUUGAGAAAUGCCCCAACAUGUCUUGUGAAAUCUAAGGUCCCAAUGGGUGUGGAGGUUCCAUUUGAUCUUUUGGGUAUUCUUUACCAUCAGUUACAACCUUUUCAAGUUGAAGACAUCAAGCUAGAUUAUGAUACUGGUAAAGAUGGCAUCAGUAUGGUAACUUUCAAGGUUGAUUUUGACCAGGCUGAGAAAUUGGAGGAGGCUGUGAAAGCCAACUGUAGCCGAGAACUGGAGUUUUUUAAACAUUGAGACAGACUUGGCCGUAUUUCAGACAUGUGAAGACAUUUUGAAUGCUAUUGAACGAUCAUGAAAGUGGCGCAUUCAGGACCGGGAAUAUACAAUCCUUUUUCUCCUGUUUUGCCCCACAAUGUGCUACGUAAGUCAUAAGAUCUGCAGAUUAAACCCUUAAUUGGUUUAUAUACUGUUUGUAAAAUUACAGUUAGCCCCCGUAUA